ACCCACCACCUCCUCCCUCUUAGUAAAAAGACACCGCAGAUUCUCUCUCCCUCUCUCUCUCUCUCUCUCUCUCUUCAAUGGCGAUUCUCAUUUCCAAAACCCUAAAACCCUUUCUCUCCUAGAAGAAUCUAAAUACAGGCAGAAGGGCGGAGGGGGAAAUUACGACGAUGCCCCUGAAGGGCCUAGUCCGGGACGUCCGGGAUGGCCUCAGCAGAAGCUUCUCGAGACGGAGCUUCGAUUUCCGUGGAAGCAGACGGUUCAGAUCGGCAUCGGCGAACAGAUUCGAUUUUGAUGCGGUGGAGAUCAACGGCGGAGGAAGCGGCGGCGAUCAGGGUUGCUGGGCGAGCCUGCCCCCGGAGCUGCUGAGGGAUGUGGUGAAACGGUUGGAGGCCAGCGAGAGCACGUGGCCCGCGCGGAAGCAUGUGGUGGCUUGCGCGGCUGUUUGCCGGUCGUGGCGACAUAUGUGCAAGGAGAUCGUUGGGGCGCCUGAGAUCAGCGCUAAGCUCACCUUCCCCAUCUCUUUGAAGCAGCCUGGACCUCGGGCUGGACCGAUUCAAUGCUAUAUCAAGAGGAAUAAGGCCACUUCUACGUACCAACUCUACUUGGGUCUUAAUCCUGACAACGGAAAGUUUCUUCUUGCUGCUCGAAAGAUCAGGCACCCAACACGUGCGGAGUACAUUAUAUCUUUGGAUGCUGAAGACAUAUCUCGGAGUAGCGUCAGUUACAUGGGAAAACUAAGGUCUAACUUUUUGGGCACCAAAUUCGCCAUCUACGACAGCCAACCACCUUACCGCGGAGCCGUGACAUCGACAGGCCGCUCCAGCCGGCGAUUCUACAGCAGGAAAGUAUCACCAAAGGUGCCUUCUGGGAGCUAUGGCAUUGCCCACAUUGCUUACGAGCUCAACAUGCUUGGCACCCGUGGUCCCCGCCGCAUGCGCUGCACCAUGCACUCCAUUCCUGCAUCUGCCCUCGAACCCAACGGCACCGUCCCAUGCUACUCGGACCUCCCUCGUUCCUUGGAGGAUUCCUUUUCUGGCAUUUCUCUCUCACAACCCCUAGACCACUCUGCUGCAGACCUUAAAUCAAUCGACUCUUCCAGGUUUUCUAGCACCCGUUUCACAGAAGUCUCAGUUGACGUUGCUGGGAAGGACGGCCCGCUGAUUCUGAAGAACAAGGCACCAAGGUGGCAUGAGCAGCUCCAGUGCUGGUGCCUCAACUUCCGCGGACGAGUGACAGUCGCUUCUGUGAAGAACUUCCAGCUGAUAGCUGCUUCGGGCGGGGGAGAGACAGCAGACAAUGCUGGUGCAGGGACGUCCCAGGCAGGGUCAAGUGAGCAUGACAAGAUCAUCCUCCAGUUUGGUAAGAUCGGCAAGGAUUUGUUCACAAUGGAUUACCGGUACCCAUUGUCUGCUUUUCAGGCAUUCGGCAUAUGCAUGAGCAGCUUUGAUACCAAACUGGCAUGUGAAUGAUAGAGACAAUCACUAGUGGUGGUUAUUCGCUGUCGCUAUUUCUGCAUUUUAGCUGUUUUGUUGUUGUUUGUUUUUUGCCGUUUCUGUUGUUUUUAUUGUCAUGGUCAUCAUCGUUGUUUAUAACAUUGAAGUUCGAUUGGCUAUGUUGAGGGCUACACAUCAAGGUGACAUAGCUGCUGCUGCGAGAAAGCCAUGACCUUUGAUGAAUAUUGUAUCUUGUAGUUGUGGUUGUAUAAUCAAUCUUUGUCAGAAAACAGUGGGAAUGGUUGUCAAUGUAUCUUCUGAGAGAUCUCAUUUA